CCAAAGGAUUUUGUAGCCAAUGCAAACUAUUAACAAACAACAACUUAUGAAAAUAAAAGGCAUGUAAACUAUCACAAAAUGUUUGAAAAUAUACCCCACACCACUAAAAACCAGCUGACUGGAAAUUUUGCAGAUGCUGUUAUUUGGUCAGUGUGGUUAAACGAACCCCACAGAAACGUGUCUUUCUUCAUGAGUAUUUUGUUACAAGGCUUCAGUUCUCUCUUAUUACUGCGAUAAAACAAUCUCUCUUCAGAAAAAAGAUGGCUGAAAAUAUUUAUUUAAACUAUUUAUCAGACACCAAUCUGACAUCAGCGGAUAAAGAUGAGAGGCACUGUUGUGAACCAAUGCUGAGGAAAUUCUCUGUUCUCCUCUUCCUGUCUCUGUUAGUGAAUGCAGUGUUGGCAUACCUGUGCUUGCGUUUAGAUUCUCAACCAAUAAAGAAAAUACAUUCCAUGAUUAUUAAAAACCACAGUCUACCAAACUACUGCUCAGAUUUACAAGAGAAGUGGAUCAGAGCACAGGGCAGAUUCUAUGUUUUAUCCACUGAUGUCAUGGACUGGAACAGCAGCAGACAGCGCUGUCAGGAUCUGGGUGGAGACCUGGUGAUCAUCAACAAUGAAGAUGAACAGGAUUUUCUGUCUAAAAGAGUAAAUGGUAUCAGUGACUAUCACUGGAUUGGCCUGACCGACAGCCAGACGGAGGGCAUGUGGCUUUGGGUGGACAACAACCCCUUAAACGCCAGCCUCUUAUGGGAGUCUCCCCCAGAUGACUGGAAGAGUGAAAAUCCUUUGCAUGGUGAAGACUGUGUCAUCUUAAAGGGCGAAAGAUGGGGGGAUGUCUCUUGUUUGAGGAAAGAGAAGAGGAUCUGUGAGAUUCCAUGCUCAGUGACACAGAUCUAAAAUAAGCAGUUAGAUCACUUUUAUUGAUUGUAUUUAGAUUGUAUUGAUUUGUCCUUAAACUUUAAACCUGUUGUGAUUUCCGUCGAAUGAGUUGUAAUCAUGUAUCAUGCAUGUAUGUUAUAUUUGUAAACAAAGUCACAAAUGUACACCUUGUGUACUGUUUACAACAAGAUUGUUGCAUUCCAUUCUAUUUUAUAUUCAAUUUUUUUAUUAAUACUAUUCCAGACAUGUUUUCUUAAAAAGCCAAAAAUGAUUUAAAUAUUUCCCUGUCAUUUGCAUGCAACAUCCCAGAAUAAAGAAUUCAUACAAUAAGCUUCCGACAAUAGCAAUCAGAAAUGCUGACAUACUCUGAGGAAGGCUGGAGGCCAAAGGUUUUUAUUUACUUAUAACAUUUUAAAGCUUCAGAUAAUAGCAAUCAGAAAUGCUAAUACUCUGAUUAGGGCUGGAGGCCAAAGGUUUUUGUUUAUUUAUAUACUUAUUUUUAUUUUAACAAUUUUAGUCCUUGAUGAGGUCAGAGGAGAAUGGGCAGACUGGUAAAAGAUGAUAGAAAGGCAACAGUA